AUGCCGUUAGUUCCUAAGUCUUCCUAUUACGAUAAGAAUUACAAACAAUCUGCCGCCCUCAUUCGAGCGCGGAGACCAUAUCUUGUAAAGAAUGCUUUGACAGGGGUUGGCAUUGCCGCAUUUGCCCUUGGAGUUUUUGCUUUCACUAUUAGAGCAGUUUCGCAAGACGACUUUGAAGAUGUCAAAGUACCAGCCGCACCAACCACACGGGAUUCUUGA